AUGACUUCCAUCCAACUGACGGACUCUGACAUCCCUGACCUUUCUGGAAAAGUAGCAAUAAUAACGGGUGGUGCUUCAGGUAUUGGACUCGCGACCGCACGUAUUCUCGCCAGACACCAUGCCACAUGUCACAUCCUCGACAUAUCUGGUCCUCACACAGAUGACGGUCCAAACCCUGAGAAUAUCACAUUUCGGACUUGCAAUGUCGUGUCGUGGCUCGAACUGCGUACUGCUUUUAUGAGCGUUGGCCACGUGGAUAUUGUCGUUGCAAAUGCGGGAGUCAGCCAGUACGUGGAUCAUUUCGCCGACACGUUCGAUUCCGAUGGCUCACUGGAGGAGCCUGUGUAUCCCGUUAUUGAUGUCAAUCUGAGGGCUGUGCUCAACACAGUCAAGCUUGGUCUAUCUGCCUUCCAACGACAAGGUCCUGGUGGCAGUAUCGUGAUUACCUCGAGCGCGACAGGCCUGUCGCCAGAGCAAAGCUUGCCUCUCUACUCGGCUGUCAAAUGUGGUGUGAUUGGGCUUGUGCGUGCUUUACGUUCAACUCUUCCUUACACCCAUGGAGCUACAAUCAACACCGUGGCCCCUGCAGCGACCAUUACAAGGCUUCUUCCUCCAAAUCUUGCUGCACCAAUUAUUCAGGCUGGUGCUCCAGUAUCGAGCGCUGAGCAUGUAGGACUCGCAGUCGCGUUUUCCGCUGUCGGUUACCAAGAUAAGCAAGUCGAGGGAUAUGGGAGAGAUACGUCUGAGAUGAUCUCAAGUAGAGGCAGAUGGAAUGGUCGGACUAUUCUAACUCUAGGUGACACAUGGACAGAAGUGGAGCAACCUCUGGCGGAGCUGCGUCCACAAUGGUUUGGAGAUUAUACUACCGAGAUGACAGCGUUCCAACAGUCGCUGACAGAUAUGAGACCUCUAUCGAGCGAUGCAUCGUCGUAG